AAGAUGGCGAACGCAUCGAAUGUGCAAUUUAAUGGUUAAUCGGUGUUCUGUCAUUGUCUUUGAUAGCCUUUAUUCAAAAAGAGGUUUAGAUAUUCCUGGCACAACCUUUUGCCGUCUUAUUUUUAGUUUUACAGAACUCUGGAAUUUUGACUUCGACAAGCUUUUUGAAGAAAGCCAGAGCUUCUUUGUUUCAAUACCCGAACGUACAUAUGUAUUUGAAGUUGAAAACUUUGUCCUGUUCCCCUAUGGCGUACAUGUAUGUUUUAGUAUUUCACUAAAUUUAUGACAUUUGUUACUGUACUGAUUGGACUUUCAUUCCUCAGCACAUUGAUUACAUCCUGCACUGUACAAGAAACAGACUGUGUAACACUCAAGACUAAAAAAUAAAAAUAUGGAAACCUCUGAUGAUGUUCAAGUAUUCCACCAGUGUGUGACUUGUGAUGAAAUAUUUGCAGAAUACGGCGACCUAGAAAAUCACAAUAAAGUCCAUAUUAAACAUGAAACAAUGGACGAGAUUGAAAAUAAUAUUCAUCAAUGCACAUUAUGUGAUGAGAAUUUUGAGACUGCUGUUGAUUUAGAGGAGCAUACGAAAGAAAUACAUGAGAAAGAAGAAGAAACUGUUCACCAAUGUAGUGUUUGUGAGAAAAAAUUUCUACGUUAUGAGGAUUUGGAAAAACAUACAAAAACACAUGAAGGACAUGAGAUUUCUAAAACCUCUAAAGUAUUAAACCUUUUUCCUCAUAGAAAAUCUAAACCUAGCACUAAAAAGAUCAACACUAAGAUCAGUAUGCCUAGUAAAAAAAAAUCUGUUGAAUGUGAUGAAUGUGAGGAAACAUUUAAAUGUAUAACGCAUCUCAGGAUACAUAAGAAAACUCACAAAAAGGAGAAGUCAGCAAAUGUAUGUGAGAUCUGUGACAAGCAAUUUAAGUACCACAGCCAACUUGAAGCCCACAUGAGAUCUCAUACUGGAGAAAAAACCGUUGAGUGUGGUGUCUGUCAUAAAAGUUUUUGCGAUAAUGCCGUUAUGAGAAAGCAUAUGUUAAUACACACUGGUGAAAGACCAUUUCAAUGUAGUCUUUGUCCAAAGGCUUUUAAUCAAAGCAGUAAUCUUAAGUCACAUAUGAGGCUUCAUACUGGAGAAAGGCCUUUCAAAUGUGAGUUAUGUGGUAGUACAUUUUAUACUGGUAGCAAUCUACUAACACAUAUGAGGUCACAUUCAGGCGAAAGACCCUUUUCUUGUAAACUUUGCAACAAAUCAUUCACACGAAACACUCAUCUUACCAGACAUAUUAAAGCCGGGCAUGCUGGUGAAAAACCAUUUCGCUGUUACGUUUGUACUAAAUCAUUUGCGCAAAAAGGAAACCUAGAUGCACACAUCAAAUCAUUGCACAAUGAUGGAUCAAUCCAAAAAGAUUUCAUCUGUGGGAUUUGCAAUAAAGCUUUUAAUCGAAAUAGUAAUUUACAAAAACACAUGGCUCUUCAUAUGAUCGAAAAGAAAUUCAAAUGUGACAUGUGCUGGAAAUCAUUUAAUAGUAAAUAUUAUUUAACAAAACAUCAAAAAUCACAUACAGAACUAACUACCUGAUAGUAAAUUGGUCAAAACCUAAUGUUGAUGAAAACAACGUUGGUUAUUAUAAUAUAUAAAAAAAAAAAUUGCUAGACAGUAAUUAAUCAUACAUGUAGAUUAUGCAAGAGCUAAAUCUGCCUAUUGCAGGUCUUUCUUUAGCCCUGAAAUGUUAUCUAAAUUGGGCAUUAAUUAACUUAUCCAGACCCUAAUCAACUCUCGAUAUCAUCACUAGCCUGCGAUGUUUAGUGGAUUGGAAUACAUUUUUGAAAAAUAAUUAAACAUAAAAAUAGAUAAUCAAGACUUUGUUUUUUAUCGUACCGACUUUAGAGAUGACGAUUGAGGCUAGCCUAAAAUUCAAAAGCUGAUAUCUCGGUUCAGAGUUGAACAAUCUGACUGACAUUUUCAGCAUAUUAUAUUUACGUUAUCUAUUUUUUAACUAUUAUAGCGAGAACUGUCAACUUUUUAUCUAAUCUCUCAUAAUGUCCCUUUAAUGCAUAAAAUACAUUACAUUCCUUUCUAAAUUCCUUUCUGUUUUGUGAUAAGAUUACAGAAUAUUUACCCAGUUGUACGCGACAAGGAGUAGGGUCCCCUGUCCAACCUUGUGGGUUUUCUCCGGGUCCUCCAGUUUCCUCCCACUACUAAAGAACCCUACGCGCAAGCGAAUUAUUGAAAUAAAAUUAAACCAUAUGUUAGUCCCGAAAUGACCUAGUUUGUGUCGAGUGGACGUUAAACCCCAUUUCUCUCUCUCACACAGAACAUUUACUCAAUAAAUCAGGUUUCUCAACAAUGACAAUAACAGCCCUUUACAAAGCAUUAAAAUAAUCAAGGCUCAUUUGAUGCAAAUAUCUGAUGUACAUGUAUACCAUAAAGAGUUUUGUUUUACUGUCAAUCUGAUGCAUACAUGUAGUUUAAAUUCGAAUGUCAUUAUACAUGUAUAUACACAUACAAAUUAUUGAUAUAUUAAUCAUUUUUGUUAUCAAUUUGUGGUUAUGAAAAUUAAGAAUAUUGACUCAUUAAAUCAGGUAUCAAUGACAACCCUUAUGAAAGCAUUCAAAUAAUCAAGGCCCAUUGGCAUAUCUGAUUAAAAUACAGAUCUAUAUUUCUUUUCGAUUUUUAUAAUUUCGAUGGCCUCUACUACAUAAGGAUCUGACCAGCUGUAGUGGGAGGUUGCGUCAGGGGUCAUAAGAGCGUCUUUUGACCCUUAUGACGUUAGACAUGAUUAAUCAGCGUUGACUUUUCUAGUGGUUUACCCACAUUUCUGUUCACCGCAUGCUAAUUCCUCACAUCAAGCAGAACGCCUGUUAUAUAUAAUAUAACAACUCUUCCGAAAGGAAACCAAAUAGGAUCUGUGUUUCAAUCAGAUUGCAUAUCUGGCAUAUAAAAGUAUUCUUUUACAGUAAAUCUGGAGCAUAUUUUAAGCCUAAAUGUCAUUAUAUAUACACAUACAAAUUAAAGAUACAAGUAUACAUGUAUUAGUCAUGUAUUAUUAAUUUGUUGUGGUUAUGGAAUUUAAGAUGGAUUUAUUUUAAUUGUACAUUCUUGUCUAUUUCAAAUUUUUUGUUCCCCGCCUUUCGAAGAAAGCAGGAGAGUAUUAAAAUGGGUCUGUCUGUCCUUCACACUUUCUGGGAUACAAAAGCUCUCCUUCUUAUUGAGCUAGAAUUUUAAAACUCUGUGUAGGUGUUUAUUAGUUGAAUGCUUUGAUGGAGUUUGAAGAUGGCAUUUUUCUGCUUAAGUUUAGCAGAGAUAAGUAAUUUGAUUGGUUGAUGCUUUGGGGCACAAUAACUUUACGGUAGUUCUAAUGAACUGAGAGCAUGAAACUUAGUGUAUAGUUUCAUUAUAUUAAUACCUUGACUAAGUUUGAUAAUAUUUUCUGUUCAGGGUAAACAGAGCGAUAAGCAAUUUGAUUGGUUGAGACUUUGGAGCUCAACAACUUUGAUUCUAAUCCUUGAGUGGCAUUUAGCGAUUGAGCACAUUAAAAAACACAACACAAUUGAUGAUAUGUUAAACCCCUUUCAAUUACCCUAUUAUUUAUUUAUGUAACUUUGCAUUGUAACAACAUAGGUCUUAGGCGUCUUUUUAUAGGGGUGGGUGGGGUUGGAUUGCCGAAUGGUUAGGAUUUGCGCGCUGCGCUGUAUCAUACGGUCUGUCAUUGAGUCACCUGGCGGGGUUUCGAAGCCCCGGUUGUACGUGACAAGGAGUAGGGUCGCCUGUCCAACCUCUUGGGUUUUCUCCGGGUCCUCCAGUUUCCUCCCACUGCUAAAGACCCCUACGCACAAGCGAAUUAUUGAAAUAAAAUUGAACCAUGUGUUAGUCCCGAAAUGACCUAGUUUGUGUCGAGUGGGCGUUAAACCCCAUUUCUCUCUCUCUCUCUCUUUUUAUAGAACUAUAAAUAUUACCUUUUAGUUUACUAAUUAUCAUUUGUACAUGAAAAUGGUAAGAGAAUACUUGUUAAAACCUCAUGCUAUAUGUGUAUAAACCAGUGUUUGUUUUCCAUAUAAAUUGUGUUGUGUUUUUGAACUUGGAUUCUAAUUGAGUGAGAGUGGUGAAACUUUGUGUAAAGUUUCAUUACAUCAAUACAUGUACAUGUACCUUGACUAAGUGUGAUGAUGAUGAACAUUUUCUGCUUAGGCUACGUAGAUAUUUCAAUCUGAUUGGUCGUAACUUUGAAACACAAUAACUCUCCUAAUUGAGGUAGAAUGUUCAAUCUUUGUACAUGUAGGUGUUAAUUAGGUGGAUGCCUUUUGACAGUGUUUGAUCAUGCACAUUUUCCACUAAGGCUAGACAGAGAUAAGCAGUUUGAUUGGUUGAGACUUUGGAACACAAUAACUUUGGUUCAAAAUUGAGUAAGAUCGAUGGAUCUCAGAGUAUAAGCCUGUCUACAGCUAGCUCCGCCUGAGAACAGGCCCUAAGCUAAUUAACCAACAUUUUAAUUCCUACAUCGAUGAUUUUAGUCGAAAACACUGAGUAUGCUUUUAGAAAUUUUUAGAAGUUUUUAUUUCUCAUCUAUGUUCAUAUUGAAUGAAAUUAAAUAUGAUUUUUUAGCCGUUGUGUGUAUGAAAGAUGUCAAACUGAUCAGAGUGGAAUCACGAAAUAGUCCACUAAGUAUUCAAUAAGGCGGCGCCCAUGAAAGAUAAUUUCACAGAAGCGGUUUUGUUUGCGAAGACAAAUUUAUGAGAUAUCAGCCUCACUGUUGGCUUGUUAAAAUACGAAAUGGUUUAUGACGUUAUUGCUGAGAAGCUUAAAAAUAUGAAUGUACACCCUAGCUGGACUUUAUUCUCUACUCUUAUAGAAGAAAAACAAUAAAUUUUACAAUAUUAUUUUAUUUUCCUUCUUCGAUUUUGAAAAUUAAAUUGUUAUGUAAUCUACUUAUACUCUGAUCGUUUACAUAUGUCCUUUUCAUCUUUGAUUAUUAAAAUAAUAAUACGGAAUACAAGUUACUUGUAUGUUUAUUUGGGAAUCACGUGGCUAAGUGGGUAAGACGCUGGCUCGCUAGCCUGGAGGUUGGGUGUUCGAUCCCUGCAUUGGCCGAGAAAGUUCAUCCAGAUUUUCCGGCGUGGUUUUUUCCUUGUCAGUGAUGCAGGACGGACGGCCUGACAAGGACAGCUGUCUAGUCGUUCGGAUGGGACGAAAAACCGAGGUCCCGUGUACAAAUUGGCGUGCACGUAAAAGAUCCCUUGGCAGUUGGAAUUCGAUAUAAGAGUAGGCCGUAGCGCCGCUGCCCAAGCAAAAUUUCCCUCAUAGCACACUGUAUGGCGUAUGCCCGUCUUCAUUAGCCCAGUUUAGGAGCAAAACAGUAGGACGUUAAACCCCAUUUCAUUUCAUUUUGUACUUUUAUUUCUUUGCUUGAUAAAGAGGAGAUAUCUCUUGUAUUCUAUAUUAUUGUGUCAUGUGUUAUUAUUCUGAGUUAGUUACUAAAUGUUGCUUAAACAAUUUAAUUAAAUUGAAUUUUUGAUUUUUAAAAUUAAAUUGUUAUGUAAUCUAGUUAUUCUCUGAUCAUUUACAUAGAUGUCCUUUUCAUCUUUAAUUAUUAAAUCAAUUUGUAGCAUCAAUAAGCUCAGAAUAUAGAGAUACAUUAUCAUGCUAAAAAUUGUCCCAUAACCAAGGCUGGAAAUAAGGUACCUGUAACAGACAAUGUCAGGCACAGAUUCAGGCUUUGUCAGGCACUAAACCUUUGGUGCCUGUCAUUUUGUCUGGCACUGAUUUGUCUUUUUUAUUGAUAUUAUUAAUACAUGUCCGGCACUAAUUUGAAACUGUCAGGUACUAUUUCAUUAGUGCCUGACAUUUUGUCAGGUACAUCUAAAACCGUUAUUUCCAGGCCUGCCCAGUAACCCAUCAGAGAAAACUGGGGACAGUUGAAUAGAUUUGUCCAUCCACCACACAUUCUCAAUGAAGACAAUAACUCUGAUUCUAAUUGAGGUAGAAUGUUUAUACUUGGUAUAGGUGUUUAUUAGCUGAAUGUAAUGACUUGGUUUAAUAUUGAGCAUUCCUGCUUAACAUAAAAAGAGCUAAACAAUUUGAGUUGGCAAUGCUUUUGAACAAGAUAAAUUUGAUUCCAAAUGAGUGAGACAGGAGAGUAGUGAAGCUUUGUGUAUAGUUUUAUUACAUUAGUACCUUUAGGAAGUUCAGUAAUGACCAUUUACUGUGUAGGUUUUAAACCUGCACAAAGCAGUGUGAUAAGCCAUUUUGUUGUUUGAGAAUUUUGAAGACAUAACUUAAACUUAGAUUCUAUUUGAGUGAUACAAAGUCUACAGUUUUAUCCCAUCAAUACUUAGACUAUGUCGAUAAUAGACAUGUAUGCUUAGCCUAAGCAAAGUGAUAGGCAAUUUGUUUGAAAAACCUAAAACCAGUGGUUCUAAACAAGAAUUAAGGUGGAGACACCAGCAUCGUGGUGAACUUGUUAUUAAUCUAAAAUGUAUUUUAUUUUAUGGAAAACUUCAUGCAACAUAUUUGAGCAAGAUGGCUUUCACCCAAAAUGUUUAUACUUACAGAUAUCUAAGCUUAAAGGAGCUGAACCUUUAAAGCAGCAUUAUCCAUAGUAAAGUUUAAAAAAUCAUAAUUUGAAUUCAAUAAAGGUUUAUUUCAAUCAAAA